AUGGUGUCCAAGGCGACAUCGGGCAACUGGAGACCCUGCGGUGAUUAUCGUGUCCUCAACAAUGCCAAAAUUCCCGGUCGAUACUUUGUGCCACAUCUUCAGGAUUUCGCCAGAGUACUUUUAGCGAAGCACUUUCCUUGAAAAUUGACCUGUUGUGUGCCUUUCAUCAGAUCCCUGUGGUCCCUGAGAAUAUCACCAAAGCCGCCAUCACCCCACCUUCCGGUCUCUUUGAACUUAUCCGCAUGUCCUUCGGUCUUCGUAAUGUCGCCCAAAUGUUCCAGAGGUUCAUUAACCAUGUCUUACGCGGCCUAACGUUUGUGCACGCCUGUACUGAUGUCGUCUUGGUGGCCAGCCCGAAUGCCGAAGAACACAAAGAACACCUCGCCUUAGUGUUUGACCGCCUCGACAAGUUUGGCGUUAUCACCAACCCCUCCAGGUGAGUUCUGGGUGUGCAAUUGCUCGAAAUCCUCGAUCAUCAUAUAUACUCUGGAGGUUUAAGGUCCCCCCUCCUCCAAGGUUGAAGCAAUUCGCGGUUUCCCUCCACCAACCUCCAAGCGUCAUUUGAAGCGAUUCCUCAGAAUGGCCAACUUUUUCCGCCGGUUUCUUCCGAAAUGUGUUGACCUUAUGCUGCGAAUCGCCAACAUGCCUUCUGGUCCCAAAACCCCCCUCGAAUUGACUGGUGAAGCAUUGGCGGCUUUUGAGAAAAUCAAGAGUUCUCUUUCCAACGUCACCUUGCUCACGCAUACCGCUCCCCAAGCUCACCUGUCCCUGAUGGUAGCUUCUUCGGCCGUGGUCGUAGGUGCAGACCUUCAGGAACACCUCGCUGGUUCUACUCGACCACUGACCUUUGUCUCAAAAAGCUCUUGUCGUCUGAGACCCUCUACGAUACCUUUGGUCGUGAAGUAUUUGUCAUUUACCUGGCUGUGAAUCAUUUCCAGUAUUUCCCAGUGGGUCGGGACUUCAUUGUUUUCACGACCACAGGCUACUGACCUUUGCUUCUCGUUCCCAUUCCGACAAGUACAAUCCGAGAGAGAUCGCACACGUGGACUGCAUCUCCCAGUUCACCAUCGAUAUGUGCCACAUUGAUAGCCUUAGGAGUGAGGUGGCUGACAUGCUGUCCAGACCGUCACUAUUUUACCUCCAACUCUCACACGGGAUUGACCUUAGCGCCAUGACGGCUGAGCAACGAGUCGGUUUUCAUGAUGACGAGUCCGUAAGUGGUGCCCAACUCAAAAACGUUCCUCUGACCACCGGUACUAGUACUAUAUUUCAUGCCAUCUCGACUCUCUUUUAUCACCAUUUUGUGUCCGUCCCGAUGCGUCCAGUUGUAUUUCAAGCUCUGCAUGGACUCUCUCACCCGGGGAUCCGAGCCUCUCAAAAGCUACUCGCGGAAAGGUUCGUCUGGACUGACAUGAACAACGACGCCGAAGCUUGGGUCCGAUCGUGUCUGAGAUGUCGGCAGAACAAGGCGCGGCGCCAUAGCAAUUCCCCGCCUGGCACUUUCUCCAUCGCCGACGCGCGAUUCAGUCGUGUGCACCUGGAUGUCGCAACCUCCUCGCCUCCAUCCAAUGGCCAUACUCACCUUCCUGCCCCCGGUGAUCGGUACACUCGCUCGGCUAAAACCAUUCCUUUGUCGAGUGUGCAGGCUUUUGUCAGUCGUUGGACCACCGGUCUCAAUGCCGCAUCCACAUUUACGACUGACCAAGGAGCCAAUUUCGAGUCUACCCUUUUCCAAGCCCCCCUCAACUUUCUUGGCUGUACGCGCAUUCGGACGACGGCAUACCAUCCAGCUGCCAACGGCGUGGUCGAACGUCUCCACCACCAGCUGAAGACCGUCCUGCGUGCCUUGGAAGACCCAGCCAGUUAG